AGCAGUCACAGCUGAAGACAGAGAGACAGAUACAGAAAACGGGGGGAAGGGAGGAAGAUAAAAAGACCAGCAGAGAGAAGGAAAGAGACAGAGGGUAUGCAAGACACAGACAGGGAGAGUGAGAGUCAGUGACUCCUAAGAGAGGCACAUUCAGAGGAAAACAGAAACCUUGAGGAAGAAGCGAGCAAACACUGGACCAGCCUGUGCCCUGAAGUGACUGAGAGAUACACUCCUGCAGAGAGAAAGGGCAAGAGAGGGAGAGGAAGAGACACAAAGACAAACUGAGGAGCAUGAAGGCAUUGGGAAGAAGAACCGAAGGACGGUGAAACUGAACUGAAGACAGAGAAUCAGAGUGAACAGAGACGAGUGAGCCUCAGUCCCAUAAAGGAAUGGAGACCCAGUGGUGAGGAACUGAAUUGGGACAAUAGUAAAGGCACACCAAGAGUACUCUUGUCACCUGUGUAUCACCUGUGCGAAGACUCCAAGCAUGCUCCACAGAAAGGCACUGCAAGGGAUCCUACCACUUCUCCUGGGACUUCUCCUUUCUGCCUGCAGUGCACAAGAGCUGCAGGGAGAGAACCCGACUUUCAGCAACAACACCCCGGAGUCUGUUUCUUCGGACAUGGCCCUGGUAAACCCUCGGAACUCCUGGCUGGUCUUCAGGCGCAACUCAAAUAAGGGGGACAACAAGAAGGUCAAACCUCCCAAAAAGACCUCAAAGCAUGGUGUCCCUGGCCCCCCAGGACCUCCAGGCCCCCAGGGGCCCCCUGGCCCCCCUGCUCCCCCACCCCUGCAGCAGGACGAACUCUUACAACAGUUCCGUCUUCGGCUGAAAGAGGUGACAGACACCGGUGGGCUUGAAACAGGUGUUCAUUGCCAGGUGUGUGAACAGCACCCCCGUGUGGACACUGCCUUCCAUUCCCGCCUGCAGAAUGACCUGUCUGUUCACCGGCGCAGCUUGCUAGAGCUGCAGCCCUUCAGCAAUCCCCCAGAUUCAGAGCAGCAGUUCCAGAGGGGCCAGGACUUCAACAGAAGCAGCGGCCGCUACACAGCCCCAGUGUCUGGGUUCUACCAGCUCACAGCAAGUCUGCUCAUUGAGUCCAGCGAGACACAGCGCAGGACUGCAGCCAGGCAGCGGGACUGCGUGACAGCCUCCAUCUGCAUCGAGUCCCUCUGUCACAGUAACAUGUCUCUGGAAGCCAUGUCAGGAGUUGGAACAACUGGGGGUGUCUUUAGCAUCCUUGUUACUGGAACACUGUACCUACAGGCGGGCGAAUACGUGUCUGUCUUUGUUGAUAAUGGCACAGGGUCUGCACUUAAAGUCCAGAAGGGGAGUAUAUUCUCAGGAAUCCUGCUGGGCAUCUGAACUGAACACACACAUGCGUGCGCACAUAUGCACGCACGCACACACACACACACACACACACACA